UCACGUGGAUCGAUCCCUUUUUAUCUGUGUCUGCACUUUCUCAUUCUAGUAAAGGGCCAAUUUUUUGUCUAAAAAUAUCGAUCCCUCCCUCACUUAAGGAGAUGAGCACCUCAUCACAUUGCCCUUCUCCUAUCUCUCGCCUCUAAUCUCUUAACCCAAAUCCACACUAUCAAUCUCUUCAUCCGUUCCUCACUGUCUUCUCUUCCCCGCAAAUCUCUCAACCUUCAACCUCCACUCCCAAGUUCUUCGUCUAACCCUCACUGUUUUCUUCUUCUCUUCCGCGGCGCCAUGGUGUUCGCACUUCACUAUUUGAGACUCGGCCUUCGCUUCGUUUAAACAGCGGUGCCCUUUUCUUCGCCCUUCCCUUUUCCUUAGGUCGCGGGUAAUGUCUCUCCGGCCGUGAUUCUGGGUUGCGGGUCCUUCCGGCGAUUUUGAUUUGGUUUUCUCUAGCGAUUCCGGCUGGGUUCUUUUCUGGCGAACUCAUAAGUUGCUGUUCUUCUCUGAUCGCGGCUGGGCUGUUCUUCUCCAGCGAUCGCGGCUGUUUCUUCUCCAGCGAUCGCGGCUGGUCUCUUCGGCGAUUUUGACUGGUUUCUUCUCCGAUCUCCUUGCGAUUAAUUGAUUUUGUGAGUUGCUGAUUUUGUGGGUUGUUAAUUGGGUUCCAGAUUCCAUUGUCAAAAACCCCAAUUGCUGAUUUUGUGAGGUGGGUUCCAGAUUCCACUGUUAAUUGGGUCGCCAUUCUCCUUUGCUUGCAUUAAUCGAUUCGGAUUGGUCGUUGAAUUUGGACUAAUUCCCAUAUAGUUCAAUCUUUAAGAAAUGACUCGUGUUUUUUCUUCCAAACGUUUUAAACCCUCCAAAGAGACUGCCAAAGCCAUGUGUCGUACCAAACGUCUGGAUUUUGAGACAACCUUCGACAUUGAAGGUACGUUUCGCCAUAAUAACACGACUGAAUAGGCAGUGUUAAAAUUUGAAAGGAGGCGUUUGUCCUGCCUUUUUAGACCAGCUGCAAAGGUUGCAUAUCCCUGUAUUGUGUGCCUGUUUUAUCAGAAUAUGGAAUGGUUUAGUGAUGCACCAGAAAUAUUAGCUACAACCAUUGAUGGUGUUCGAAUUCACUUUGGUGUCUUGGACAUAGCCCAGGCAUUAGGGUAUCCACAUUUGUGCCCCACUGACUUGCUAGCAGAGAAUGGGAAGCUACGUUUUGGCAAGUUCCCAGAAAAACCUACCGUGCAUUCUAUUGUUAAGGAUAUGUGUGCCGGGAAGUAUGGUGACAAGAAGAAGAAAAAUUGUGCCAGCAAGUCCUCACUACCUAAGGCUAUGUGGUUUUUCGAUUCGGUUCUGAAACGGAAUAUUCAUCCAAUAGGUCAUAAGGUACAACGGGGGCAAGAGUUCUUAAUAGCGUUGUAUGCUACCCACACUGGAGCAUGGUUUUCUGUUCUAGCUCUCAUCUUUAACCAGAUGCAUAAAUAUUGGAAGCAUUUAGUGGCGAGUGGGGAUUCGAAUGCGAAAAAAUGGAAACUCACGUUUCUGUAUCUUAUUACCCAGCUCCUUGUCCUUCGGCGCUUCGUGGUUGAUAAUGAUGAGAUCUUUGAGGCUCCAUGGGUGACUUUUGGGCUAGCACAGUGAAACUUAAGCCUUUCUCAUAUGCCUAGUGCCAAGAAGGAAAGUGAUGGCAUGGCAGCAGGUGAUAAAGAGGAUGUAGAUGCCAUGGCUACGGACAUUGUUGGAGGUCUGAGGAGCAGAUUGCUGAUGGUGCUAGUUAUGGAUAGCACAGGCUGUGUCACCAAAUGUAGAGGAGUUUGCGGGGGUGACUAGGACAGAGUUCAAUGCCAUGGUGGUGCAGUUGAGGACUGAGUUGGCUGACUCUCAGGAGCAACGUCGAGUCGAGCAUGCUGAGCUUAUAUAGCAGCACACCACUACCCAGCGCAUUCUAUAGGAUCUUCUUGAGAUUAUUUCAUCGAGUGUCCCACGCUCUUCCACAUUGUUGCCUGAUGCAUGAUUUCUUUUAUCUAUUUUAUGCUAUUCAGAUUUUUCUAUUUAGAGUGGGUGGGAUUUUAUAUGGCUAUAGCCAGAUUUUUGUGAUUUAGAGAUGGAUAUUUUGUGAACCUGUAUUUCUGGGUUUAAGUGAUAUAUUUUGGUUAUAUUCAUCCAUAUAUGUUUUGUACUGAUGCUUUUGCUAUAAAUUUAUACAUUGAUGAUUGCUUUUGGCUU